UAUUAUUAAAAAAAUAUUUAAAGAAAAGUAAAACAUAAUCUAAUAAUUUAAACAAAAACCAAAACUACAACUCCUAAAAUAAAAAAAAUAAACUAAAACACAAGUUUUAAUCUUCUUCACGCCCGUGGGAUUUAAUAAAAAAGUAUUUUAAAUGGAAAUCAUUCCUGAAGGCAGACACUUCCGUUUGGUGCAAGAAUCUGAGCUUCCCGAAAUAUUGGAUUAUUUAGAACGUUUUUUUCCGGAAUCACUAAAGUUUCAUCAAACAAUACGAACGUACCUGAAUGAUCGUGUUUGGGAAUUUAAAUUUUAUGUUUCAAAAGAUUGGCCCGAAAAACCAAUAUUAUUACAUUUUCCAGGAUGCACGCUAACGCCCAACAACAAUAUAUACCAAAGCUUUGGCAUCUUCUGCCCAUCCGAACAAAUCGAACAUGUGGAUCUAAUGCGUACGGAAGACAUACUGAUCGAUUGGCAACAACCACUGUACCUGAAUUUUACGCACAUUGCUAUUAUGAAUCGCCUGGAUGAUUUUUAUAAAGAAAUGGGCAUCAUGGAGAGACUUGAGGGUGAUAUUUAUGUGUGCAAUAAAUUGAAUACGGACUUGGAAUUAGCCGAACUACCCGAUAAUGCGUAUAUGCGCCAAUUGACUGUGGAGGAUGUCAAACGCAUACACGAUUUAUAUCCGGCCAAUGAGAUUGAGUGUGUCCAUGUAUUCGAGAUACUGGUUGAAGUGCUGCCCGGUUUGGGUAUUUUUAGAAAAGAUACAAACGAACUGGCCGCAUGGAUGGUACAUUCGUAUUAUGGUGCAAUGUUUUCAAUGCAAACACGUCCAGAUUAUAGGCGAUUAGGUUAUGGCAUACGCUUAGCUACCGCUUUGACUAAUAAAGUUAUCGAACGAGGCUACAAACCUUUCGUUGUGAUACGUCCACAAAAUGAUGCUUCUCGUAAUCUCUACACUAAAUUAGGUUUCGAAAAAGCUUACGAAACAUGCCGAGUCAAAAUGACACCACAUCCUAUUAAAACAAACGGUGCCGCCGAGCCAUCGGCUCCCGAACUAGACGCCGACGCUGAUUUAGAAGCCAACAAAGAGAAUCAACCCAUUGACGAGGGCAUCGAGGAUAUGCUAGCCGAAAAGUGUGAUAUUAAAGCUGAUGACGAUGAUGCUGCAGCAGCUGCCAUGGGUCAAGAUAAAAAGACCACCACAGCUGAUGAGGGAAUAGGUGAUGAUAAAUAGAUGAUAGUUAGAUGUAGUAGUUUUUUAAACCGUAGACCGGAGGAAACAGAGAGUAAAAGCCAGGAGAAUAAACUUUUGAACAUUUUUAAUAAAAACAAAGAAUCUUAAAAAUAAAUGUAGUGAAGAAUAGAUGAAAAAAAAAACAAGAAAGAAUAAACAAAUAAAUUAUUAUAUAAACCAGAAAUACCAGAAGAAAACAAAACAAAAACAAAACAAAACUAUACAUAUAUAUUAUAUAUAAAUGAAAAGCUCUAUUAAGUUUAUUAUAUAAAGAAAAUGGAAAACAAAUCUAUAUAUUACAACUUAAGGAAAACCAAACAAACAAAAUACUUAAUUUAAAAGGAAAAUUAAAAAAAAAAAAAAAAGGAAUAAAGGAAUGAAUUACUGUUAGAGCAACAAUGAUAAAAUGUCUUUUUGAUUACAGAUUUUUUCGCUUGAAAACUCUGCUUUUACUUCAAGAAAAAUAAUAAAAAACAAAAA